AGGGGGAAGAUGAGGGAGUGAGUGUUUGUGGACAGCGUGUGCGUGCACAGCUCUGCUCAGGACGCGCGAAGGAUUCGUGUUUUUCGGUAGAGGUGGCACAUUCCAGGAAAUCGCAGCUGAGACGGAGCGUUUUCAAGCAUGAACCGGGCAUUUAACAGAAAAAAAGAUAAAUCAUGGAUGCACACUCCAGAAGCACUGGCCAAACAUUUUAUAGCAUACAAUGCCAAGUUUCUGGGGCACACAGAAGUUGAUCAACCCAAAGGUACAGAGGUGGUGAGAGAUGCCGUCAGAAAGCUCAAGUUUCAGAAACACAUUAAGAAGUCAGAGGGACAGAAGAUCCCAAAAAUGGAAUUACAGAUCUCCAUCUACGGAGUGAAAAUAUUAGAUCCCAAAUCAAAAGAAGUACAGCACAACUGUCAGUUGCACCGGAUAUCCUUCUGUGCAGAUGAUAAGACUGACAAAAGGAUAUUCACAUUCAUUUGUAAAGAUUCAGAAUCCAACAAACAUCUCUGCUAUGUGUUUGACAGUGAAAAAUGUGCAGAAGAGAUAACUUUGACCAUCGGCCAAGCGUUUGACUUGGCUUACAAGAAGUUUUUGGAGUCCGGGGGAAAAGACGUAGAGACGAGGAAACAGAUAGGUGGCCUACAGAAAAGAAUUCAAGAUCUUGAAGCUGAAAAUUCUGAGUUGAAGAAGCAGUUGCAAGUCUUGGAGGAACAGCUGAUGAUUGCUCAAGUUCCUCCUCUUCUUCACAUUAACUCUUCUAAUGAGGACUAUAUGCUUCAGAGACCCUCAUCUCUCUUCUGGUGUCACAACGUGACCUCGUUCUCUUGCUUCGAAAUCUCUUCUGUUACACUAACGCCAAUGAGCUCACCUGACUCUAACCUUUCUGCCGGUCUUCUGACUCCUCCACCUGCUAAACCAGCUUUGUCAAAGACUCCAAGUGGAGCCAGUGUUCCUCGACCUCCUGGAAACAGCAUAUCCUCGAAGACGCCCACUGACAUAUUUGACAUGGUUCCAUUUUCUCCAAUGACCCCAUUGGUUCCAUUACCAGCAAGUAAUGGCUCGGCCCCUCCACCACCUGCAAGGCCUUCAGAGAUUAGGAGAGACCUGUUUGGUGCAGAACCAUUUGACCCUUUUACCUGCGGGGCAGCUGACUUUCCUCCUGACAUCCAGUCCAAGCUGGAUGAGAUGCAGGUGACUGCAUGUCUGUGAAUUAUUAGCAAAUGGACUGGUGUAAAUGAGCAGCUAAUGGAGCUGAUGGAGGGGUUCAAAAUGGGACUAACAGUAGAGGGCACUGUCUUUUCCCUUGAUCCACUAGAAGGUCACUGCUGAUGCCAAGAAGAAAGUUUUGUCACUUUCAUGUUAAACCAUUUGUAUUAAAGUGCCAAACUCGGGUUUACAGUCAAGAUGUCAAUGUAUUUACUUACAUUUUUUUUUAUGUAUUUGCAUUUUGAAUUUGGUUUACAAAAAGUAUAUUGAGAAAUCAGAAGCAGUAGAAUCACUAUUUUUGUAAGAACUAAAAAAAAAAAACUAGAAAUGUAGUUUUAACACCCCUUGCUUGUACAGGUAAUGAAGGAUGUAGAAAGUAUGUGCAAUUGCACAGUCUGUGUCAAUGUUUCAUUACUGUUAUCAAAAGCAAAUUCUUUAAGCUUGUGUUAUGCAUACAAGCUGCUGUUUUUAAUCUGUGGCAUAUUACAAUUCAUAAACACAUACAACGUUAUAAUUAUGGAGAGUUCCCUUGACGUUAUUUUUAUUUUUAACUUUAUUUUUAACACUUAUUACGUUACCAUACAUCAUAAUCACAUUCCUUUUGUAUCCGAUCACAUGUAAAAUUAUGAUAUUGUUUUUGUUAAUAGCAAUGGAUCCAUUAUAAUACAUAUUUUUUAAAUGAGCAGCAGUGCUAUGAAUGGCAGGACUGGACUGUUUCCACAUUAACAUACACUCGUAUUGCAGUUUAAUUUUAUAUGAUAUAUUUUAGUAUACUCUUGCACAAGGAAGCACUUUGAAAGAGCUCUGUUCAUGUAUUAUUGUUAAUUCAGUUUAUAAGCAUUAUUUUAGCCUUUGCUGUUGUAGUCAUUAAAAGAAAAUGGUACAUAUUCUGUGUUCUCUGUGUAAGUUGUUUUGUAACAUGUUUUUCUUAGACCUUUACUUGCAUUAAAUAAGAGACCUUGUAUGAA